AUGCCCCCCAAGAAGCAGGCGCAGGCCGGGGGCAGCAAGAAAGCGGAGCAGAAGAAGAAGGAGAAGAUCAUCGAGGACAAGACUUUUGGUCUAAAGAACAAGAAGGGAGCAAAGCAGCAGAAGUUUAUCAAGGCUGUCACUCAUCAGGUUAAGUUCGGUCAGCAGAAUCCACGCCAGGUAGCACAGAGUGAAGCUGAAAAGAAAUUAAAGAAAGAUGACAAGAAGAAAGAAUUGCAAGAGCUAAAUGAGCUGUUCAAACCUGUAGUUGCUGCUCAAAAAAUAAGUAAAGGUGCCGACCCCAAGUCUGUGGUGUGCGCCUUCUUCAAGCAAGGGCAGUGCACCAAGGGGGACAAGUGCAAGUUCUCCCACGACCUCAGCCUGGAGAGGAAGGGCGAGAAGCGCAGUGUGUACAUCGAUGCCAGAGAUGAAGAACUUGAGAAAGAUACCAUGGAAAACUGGGAUGAGAAAAAGCUGGAAGAAGUGGUGAACAAGAAGCACGGUGAGGCGGAAAAGAAAAAGCCCAAAACGCAAAUAGUGUGCAAGCAUUUCCUUGACGCUAUCGAAAACAACAAAUAUGGCUGGUUCUGGGUGUGCCCCGGAGGGGGCGAUAAUUGUAUGUAUCGCCAUGCACUUCCUCCUGGAUUCGUGUUGAAAAAAGAUAAAAAGAAAGAAGAGAAAGAAGAUGAGAUUUCAUUAGAAGAUCUCAUUGAAAGAGAGCGCGCCGCCCUGGGCCCGAACGUCACCAAGAUCACGCUAGAGUCUUUCCUCGCCUGGAAGAAGAGGAAGAGACAAGAGAAGAUCGACAAGCUGGAGCAGGACAUGGAGAGAAGGAAAGCCGACUUCAAGGCGGGGAAGGCCUUAGUGAUCAGUGGUCGCGAGGUGUUUGAAUUCCGUCCUGAGCUGGUUGACGAUGACGACGAGGAGGCAGACGAUACCCGCUACACGCAGGGAGCCGGCGGGGAUGAGGUGGAUGACUCCGUGAGCAUCAAUGACAUAGAUCUAAGCCUGUACAUCCCGAGAGAUGUGGAGGAGACGGGCAUCACGGUGGCCAGUCUGGAGCGGUUCAGCACGUACACGUCCGACAAGGAUGAAAACAAACUGAGCGAAGCCUCUGGCGGCCAGGCUGAGAACGGCGAGAGGAGCGACGUGGAGGAGGACCUCGGCGGGGAGGGCCAGGAGAAUGGCGUCUGCGAGGCGGUGCCCGUGGACGAGAACCUCUUCACCGGGGAGGACCUGGACGAGCUGGAGGAGGAGCUGAGCACGCUGGACCUGGAGGAGUGA